AUGAAUAUCGGAAGAAUGGCUUCCACGAUAUGUUUUGGUGAACUGAAUGCUGGAUUCAAGAUUGGGGUCAAUAAUGCUCCCAUCAAUCAGAUCCAGUUGCCACCCGGUAAGUCAACCCCCCAGGUGCCCUGUAGCGCUGAUAGUGAGGGGGCGAAUCUAAUUCCCCACAUCGCGGCUCCAGAGCGCCCUGAUACACCUUCCGAGCCUCUUUCCACGGUUCCAUUCCUCCGUGACGCAGACUUCGUCGACUGUGGAACUCUUCUUGAGCAAGUAGAGGAAAAAUGUAUUGUGCGACCAUCGAGGCUGGCUCUUGUUGGGAUAGGCGGUGUUGGAAAGUCCCAACUAGCCAUCGAAUACUCCUAUCGCGUCCGUGAGAGGGCACCGAAUACCUGGGUAUUCUGGGUCCACGCGAGUAAUGCAGCCCGGUUCGAACAGAGUUACAGAGUGAUCGCCUAUCAAGCCAAAAUUUCUGGCUAUCGGGACCCCAAAGCCUGCGUUGUAUCGUUAGUCACAGACUGGCUACAAGUCGAGAAGAGAAAGUGGAUUUUGAUUCUCGAUCAUGUUGACGACGAUCAUUUUUUUCACGAGCUGCAAAAGAACCAGGCUGCGCACCAGCAAAGGCCUCUCGGCUUUCUUCCUUGCAGUUCAAAUGGCUCAAUAAUCAUAACAACUCGGAGUAGAGCAGUGGCUCUCAGAUUUGUCGACGAACGGAAUUUAAUCGAGGUUAAUCCCAUGGAUAGUCUCGACGCUUCAGCUUUGAUGAAUGUCAAACUCGGGUACCAAACAGAGCAGGGGAUUGCCACCCAGGACGAUAUCAUGAAUCUGACAGAGGCUCUUGAAUUUAUGCCGCUGGCCAUCGUACAAGCAGCGGCCUAUAUCAGACAUCCCGCUUCCCGUUGUUCCGCCGAUCAAUAUCUUGAAGAUUUCCACAGCAGUGAUUCAGAAAAAUUGAAACUUCUUGAAUACGAAGUGGGUAAUAUCCAUCGAGAUAUGGAUGCCAAAAACUCGAUUUUAGUGACUUGGUCAUUAUCAUUUGAGCAUAUUCGGCAAAUGCGGCUGUCUGCUGCAGACCUGCUUUCUCUGAUGAGCUUCUUUGAUCGACAGGGAAUUCCAGAGGCGGUUCUCCAAAGGCAGAUACCCCAGGAACAGAUACUAGGAAAAAAGGAAAAGUGGAAAGUCACAGAAUGGUUCUAUUCAAUGUUUUAUAGCAGAGGAUCAUCUUCCACAGUCAACCCCAACUCCCCUGAAGAUUCCGAGAAGAGCGGUGCCGCGAACGUUGUGUUUGAUAUUCAGCGCGACAUCAUGAUGCUGAGAGAUUAUUGCUUGGUCUCAAUAGGCCAAGAAUCAUCAUCGUUUGAGAUGCAUCGCCUGGUGCAAUUAUCAAUGCAGAAAUGGCUCGAAGCUAAUGGCGAACUGGAAAAAUGGAAAACCGUGUUUGUUGAGACGUUGAACAGCGAGUUUCCUCAUUGGGCUAAUGUUGGAGAUUGGUCCUUUGGUCGAUCUUUAUUUCCUCAUAUUCAAUCCGCCUUGUCACAAAGACCUCUGUCAAAGCUUGCUCUAUGUAGUUGGGCUUCACUUCUUUACAAAGGAUAUCUUUACGCCGAAGGCACUCAUCUAGAAGAGAUGGCCAUGGAAUCCAUGAAUGCUAAGGAAGAACUGAUUGACGAGAUAUUAACAUGA